AUGAAAAUGGUCGGCUCCCUGCUUCUCCGGUUCGACAGACAGCCGCAUUUUCUCUUGCAUUGCCAGCUGCAUCCCUGAGACAUCAUGGUGAAGGUGAAGGCCAGAGUCGACAUAUUUGGUCAUGUUAGGUAUCUGGUCACCAGGGCUGCUUUUAACUCUGCUAAAGUAGAUAUUGUGGCCAUCAAUGACCCCUUCAUUGACCUCAACUACAUGGUCUACAUGUUCCAGUAUGGUUCUACCCAUGGCAAAUUCCAUGGCACUGUCAAGGCUGAGAGCAGGAAGCUUGUCAUCACUGGAAAUCUCAUCACCAUCUUCCAGGAACGAGAUCCCUCCAAAAUCAAAUGGGGUGAUGCUGGCACUGAGUACAUUGUGGAGUCCACCAGCAUCUUCACCAUCAUGGAGAAGUCUGGGGCUCACUUGCAGGGAGGAGCCAAAAGGAUCAUCCUUUCUGCCCCCUCUGCCAACACCCCGAUGUCCGUGAUGGGCGUGACCCAUGAGAAUUAUGACAGCAGCCUCAAGAUCAUCAGCAAUGCCUCCUGCACCAUGAAUUGCUUAGCGCCCCUGGCCAAAGUCAUCCGUGACAACUUUGGUAUCAUGGAAGGAUUCAUGACCACAGUCCAUGCUGUCCCUGCCACCCAGAAGACUGUGGAUGGACCAUCCAGGAGACUGUGGUGUGAUAGCCAUGGGGCUCUCCAGAACAUCAUCCCUGCCCCUAGCAACACUGCCAAGGCUGUGGCCAAGGUCAUCCCUGAGCUGAAUGGGAAGCUCACUGGCAUGGCCUUCUGUGUCCCCACUGCCAACUUGUCAGUUGUGGAUCUGACCUGCUGUCUUGAAAAACCUGCCAAAUAUGAUGACAUCAAGAAGGUGGUAAAGCAGGUGUCAGAGGGCCCCCUCAAGGGCAUCCUGGGCUACACUGAGUACCAGCUUGUCUCCUCUGACUUCAACAGCGACACCCACUCUUCCACCUUCGACGCUGGGGCUAGCAUUGCCCUCAACGACCACUUUUUCAAGCUCAUUUCCUGGUAUGACAAUGAAUUUGGCUACAGCAACAGGGUGAUGGACCUCAUGGCCCACAUGUCCUCCAAGGAGUAAGACCCCCAGACCACCAGCCCCAGUGAGAGCACAAGAGGAAGAGAGAGGCCUUCACUGCUGGGGGACACAGUCCCCCU